AAAAGCACAAUGCAUGGUGCUUUGAAAAAAUACGCUUGUUGGAAUACUCGGAGUCGAUACCUAAUUCGUAUCGUUCGAGCGAUCCUGAUUGUCAAUGAUAAUGAAGUGUGAGAGUCAAGUGUCUUUGACCCUAGGCUAUCAGUAUAACGUAAGGUGUGGGUUAUCACAGUUCCAACAUGAUUACGCUUUUUGGACGAGCUUCGCGAUAUAUCCAUACGUUAAUGAAGCACAAUGUGUUCUUCUUGGCUUGUAGAAAACUUGAGAGAGACGGUCUGUGACGAUAGUGUACUUCUGGGUGUAUUAAAAAAGCAUAAUUUAUUAUGGAUAUCCGAGCCAGAACAGAGGAACUCCGGAUUAAAGGAAAGCUUAGAGAGACGCUCGGUGACGAUCAUUUAGUGCUGGAAAAGAAACAAAACUGAAAGGCUUGAACUACGGUGCGGGUAGUGGUUACAUUUGGACCUACUAGAUCUAGAGACGAUCUCUAAUCCGGCGAUUGAGUUUAUCCGAGGUUCCUAGUGGAUGGACAUGCUUGUAGUGGCUGCUUUUUCUUCAUGAGAUCGGCGGUUAAGUCACCUCUCUUACGGUGAGAUGAAAAGCGAUGAGAAAAGUACAAGACUUACUGUUGACGAGAAACACUCAAUGAACUCAAUGAGAGUUUCCCCAGCAAUCUCCAAACAGCUGGACCAAAAGUGACCUGUGUGACGUCAUGGGUACAAAAGUAAUCGAUAAGCUACGCAUACAGGGCAGCGCCGCACCCCGUUACGCACACGACCAGCGGCGGCCCGUCGCUCCCAGCGUAGACUUCCACCAGGACCAGUGCACCUUCUUCCUCCCUAACACGUCCACGAGAGACACUCUAGCUCCAGCUUCCGUCGUCUCUCACUCCAGCCCCAGCAGCGCUGCCUCCCGGCGACUCGACUACUUACAACGCGUCCAAAAGGCGAACAGAGGUCUCACCAGCUACGACAGCAGCCCUGCUCUCAUUGGUAGUACCAACAACAACAACAACAACCCCAACAACAACAACACCAAAAACAAUAGUAAUAAUAGUAUAAAUACCAAUAACAAUAGUAACAGUAAUAACAAACAAAAUGGAAGCACUGCAUCGUUGCCGCUCGCACACACGCAGUUCUUGCUAAGAGGCAGGACGGUGGCGGGAGACCAUUAUGAGAUACGCCCACAAGACAUGUCCCCCCACCAGAGAGUGGGUCACUACAAGACCUCCGCGAAAGAAGUCUACAGAGCGCGACAUCGGGCGGUAACUGAUUUGGGCUACUCAGUUGACCCCCGUGACGUCAGCGGAGUGUUCCGUCCAGUGCGGAGUGCGGAAUGCGACGCCAACAGCGCUGUGUACUCCAGCGUAGGAAAAGUUCCUCCGGCGAGCAUGCCCAUGUACUUCCUAGGUCCUCCCCCGCCCAACUCCGUCGUCAAAGUGCCAAACGGGGGAGCAAGCAACGGAACUGUCAAGCUGCCACCAACCCCGGCGCCGACGACCAUGAGCCCAAGCUUCGAGAGAGAGGACUCAUACUAUCUCCCGCCGGGCACUCGCACUGUGCCCAGAGGUCUGGCCUCGCAUGGCGGGAACAGCUCCUUCUCGCUGACCGGACACCAGCUCCAGACACCUCGGGUCCUGGCCCCGUCUGAGCUGGACAGCGAGUAUUUCAUGGGCGGGUUCCCAAGGUCUCAUACGUUUGGUGGGAUUAACAGUGAUUUGAGCCUGUCGGGCAGCCUUCUCUCCAGACGGCGUCAUCAGUGGCCACGGGGAGACUCCAGAGAAAUGUCCUUCGUGACGUCAGAUCCGACCUUGCUGAAAGAAUGUCUGACGGUAUCCCAGUCCGGGCCACAACUUCCGGCGAACGCCAGCCCUGAAGAGAUAGUGAAGCUGAAGACGUUCGCGCAGUACGUCAAGAAGGAAGACGCGAAUGGACGGGUCAACUAUAACAACCCAUACCGAAACUUAAAAACAAGAGAAAGGAAAGCGUUGUCUGAGGAAGGCCGCUAUGUGUUUAACUCUGUAGAUAGCUACAUCCACUUCAACAAGAUCUACCCCCGAGUUGGUGGGCAUUCUGUGACGGGCUCGUUGCCCCCGAACCCCCACGCAGUUCUUUCACACAUACCCCAGGUUCCUCAGGUAGACGGCUUUUCGUCUCACUGUACCGACACCGUCUUACUCAAGAUGAUGUUUGAAAUGAAUAAAACAAAAGGAAGUAGAUCUGUGAGUAAAUACUCCGACGUGGCUCUGCACAAAGACUUGGAGGAAUUCGUCAUUGUCGGAACACCUUCUCUUAGCCGUACCCCAAGUCUCCACAGUCGGCGACACGGCAGGAGCACACGAUCCCGAGCCAGCUGGACCACUAUUCAAAAAGACGAUGAAGAUGUGGAUAAAAACGGCGAAGAAGAUCGUGUGACUGAAGUAAAAAGUCCACAAAAGCAAUCCACUGUUAGCGGAGAGUGGGCAGGGGCAGGGGCAGGGACCUUCGACGAGGAGAUUGUGACUGGCCAAGUGAAACUUCCUAACGGAGUGGUUGACGGACAUGUUAUUAUGGAAACUGGGCCGGGGGAGGAUGGAGAUAUUCUUACACCAGGGAGUGAUGGAGGGGGUCAGCUGCCGAGCAUAGAGGGCGAUGACAGUUUCCUGGACCAGAUGAAGUCCACGGCUGACCGGACAGAUGAGCAUAAGGAUGUUCACGUGAUCAUAGAGAGGGAGGAAUGCUACAGCAGUGCGUCUGCUUCUACAGGUGGGGCUGGGAACGAUAAUCAGGAAGAAACGUUAUGAACUGGAAACUAAGACAGCCGUAUUUCUUUUUCUUUUAUGAUAGUUUAUUCCAUUUCAAUAUACAAACUUCUUAACCAAUCCGCCACAGGUGAGGUUUCUGUGACAUUUGAAUAGGCAUAACGGUAUUGAACAUUUAACUCUCAACUAUAAAAGGAAAGGCAAACAAGGCUGUGAAAGACUCGUAGCAAUUUCAUUGCUCCAGGCGCGAGAGAAAAGGUAUCCCUAUCACGAAGGACAACUCAAGCCUGUCUAUAAUUCGAAUCUCAGGUUUUUACUGGGGAUGUGUAAGGGGGAGGGGCCUCAACGCCUUUUAUGCACAUGUAAAAACACAUUUUGAGUGUGAAUUUUACGGAAAAACGUUGAUCAAAGCACAGAAACGUGAACUUAUUAUUUCUAAGGACAUUCAAGCUUUGGAAGUCACCAUACUUUGGCUUUGAUAGUCAAUUUCUUGCUAAUUCUACUUCUGACAAAUGGCCAGCACCACCUCAUUCAAUUACAAAUAUUUCGACUUCUGUUCAAGUUAGAUAGGUAUUUGCACAUCAAAAGCAAGACAAAUGACAACUAUUAACUCAAUAUGCUCCACAUAUUGAAGAGUGCCUGAUCUCACCCUGUCUUGACAUUAAACGUUACCAGACUUUGGAAAUAAGAUCAGUUUACUUACAGUCAUCAUGAUAGGUAGUCUUUUUAGAGAAACCAAGUAAAGAAAUGAAUGGCAAACCACGCAAGCUGAUUUCUGUUUUAGGUGUGUAACUUCAUGAUUGUGAUAAAAAAAUCCUUACGCUUUCCUUUUAAAAACACCGCAGUACAUAAUCAUAGUAAAACCAAACUGUUUUCAGAUUCACAGGUCCAUGACUGCAGUAUAUUUUCCAGAGAAACUCAUGUACAUGUAGAUUAAAAACAAGACAUUUUGAAGACGCCUCGAGAUCUUCUGAAAAUGAAAACCAAACAACAGUCUGCAUAAGAUAUAACCUUACUUCUCAAAUGUCAUUUUGACAUUGUAGGAACUCAGAUUUGUACCCCAGACCCAACAACCCCCCCCCCCCAAAAAAAAAAACCCACACAUACACACUCACCCAAGACACCCUAAACUUUAGGUGAAUCUCUCCUUCCUCACCCCUUUCCCCAACACGAACACCUGCAGAUCCUUAGCCAUUGAGGUGAAUCUCACCACCCUUCCACUAUUUGUUCAUCUCCUCGCUGAUUUGUACACCUUCCCUGCGUAUCUGAAUGAUAUUUAUUUUUCAUUAUUUGAUGAUGCACGUGUAUAAAUAAAUAAAGUAGACGUUGUUAAUAUUAAUCAAA